AUGCGCGUCCCAUCACCAUCCUGGCCGUCUGAUUCCAGUCCCUCCCCAGAAUUAUCACUACGUUCAUCAUCAGUAAGCGUUUCCUGCUCCUAUGCCGUGACUUCAUCUGCGACGCCGCCACCCUCAUCUCCUACGCCGCCUCCAUCGUCUCCAUCUCCGUCAUCAUCAUCCGGCGGCACCGCUCAACCCGUACCUACUCUCAACCUUGGUCAACUCAGGGAUAUGCUGGAAGGCAUCCGGGAUCAAGUUGAAGACAAAUGGAGCAGCGUUGGCAGGAUUGCUGAGACAAGAUUCGUAGAUUGGAAGAAGCUCUUCAACGCCUGGUUGAUCUGGCUCAACAAGCACAAUGACCCCCUCCUCGUGACGAUUUCUCAAACUCGAACUAGGGCACAGGGCGAUAGGGCCAGCAUAGAGGCACCACCUGUAGUAGCCCCCGUACGUCGUCGUGCUGAGCCUUCAUUCGACGAGCAACUUGCGGAGUUAAUGGCAGCCGGUCCUCCCCCUCCACAGCCCCCGGUGCAAGAACCACCUCCCUUGGUUCCUCUAAGGUACCGCCCAGGACCUAGGACAUCUCGUCCUCGGAGUUCCAGUCUGGCCUUCGAGGUGGACCUUCCUCGACGUCCUGGUACUGUACCUAUCCCACAACCUGUACCACCUCGUGCUCCUUUUCAACCACAUCGACGUCGUGCUGCGCGGCCACCACAGUUUGGUCCUCCGCCCUUUGAAGCCGAGGGAGAAGGACAAUAUCCUCCUCCGGUCGUACCGACAGGCCAUGCUGGACCGGAAGGAGGUCGUCAACCUCGUCCUCCAAGCGAUAUUGAUUUUUGGACAGGGUUCUUCGCGAUCGUGCGGCUCAUCGUCCGGAUCUCUCAGAUGGAUGGUACACUGGUCCACCUGGCCGUGUUAGACAACCCACUGCCCGACCGGAUCUAG